AUGGAGGCGAGGGGCCACAGGGACGAUGCCGCGGGGUCGUCGGCUCCUACUACUCAAGUCCAGCGAGGAAACCACAUGCAGCAGCUGCAGCAGCAGGAAGACAGAGAAGACUUGGCCGUAGACGGGUUGAACCAUGGUCACCCCGGUGAAUCACAACCCUGCCUUAUCGAAGGUGAGGAGCCGGCGUCUGCGCCACCGUCGCAGUUCGUGGCACCCUGUCGGGGCGCAGAAGCAGCAAUAGAGCUGGCGGAGCACCUCGACGAGACACCUGUGCAAGGGGAAGUCGCAGCAGGCCCCCCUACGCCGUUGUCGGUCCGCCUGGUCCCGCUGGGCUGUCCGUCGGUAGCGGUAUCAACCGACUGUGGUGGUGAUGCUGGCGUCUGUGGUGAUGAGACGGUGACGGUUUCGGCACGUGUUCACGGGCGAAAUCGGUCGUCGCUCGCCUCUCCGUUUCCGAUCGUGCCUCCGCUAUCUCUCGACACGGAGAGCGGCGAGCAGACGCCACGGCGACGAAAGCAAGAAGAGUCAUUCGCCAGUGCGAAUGCUGGCAGGUCUCCGGAAGAACCCUGUGAAGGAAGAGAAAGUCCCCUCCAAACCUUUGUCCAUGUGGGCGAGGGUGGGCCUACGGCCGCAUCCGACGCAAAAGGUGAAGCUGAAAAUGAGGCGAUGGAGGUGAUCGAGGAAGUGGGGAAGGAGAAAGAGAUCGAGGGAGGCGAACACUCCGAAAAUGAGGACAGCAAGCGUGAUGGUGGUGACGUGUCAGGCUCUGGGGACUACUGCUGUGCCGGCGGCGACGUAGACCAGGAGGUUCUGGAUGAUGCCCUUGACAUCGGCUCAGGCAGCAACGAGGCAGGCGAAAUUUUGACGCUGAGCACGGAUAUACCGGCCACAUCUGGCGUCUCGGGCGGUUGCAAGAGGGGAGACGAGUUGGCCGACACAGCUUCUCAUUCGGCGGAUAAAAUAGAGCCCGAUACGCCAUCGCGGGGAAAAGGAACUCCUGUGACUGAAGUGGAAGAACCGCGUCCGGAGGCAACAGCAGCAGUAGCAGCAGCAGCGACGGUGGUGAUCGCCAAAGAGACCUCGAAAGGCCUGAGGUCUGCUCUCCUGUCUCCCGACCUAUUGUCCCCAGCCUCUGAGCCGUCGAAGUGCCCGGAGCUGGUGCUCGAACGCUUCAGUGGUGGUGGCAUCGGUGACUACCGUGACGUUGACUCAGACGACGAUCCGGACGGCGAUCUUAGCGACAAUAGCCGCAUCGAUAGCGACGAUGGGACUGCAUUGACGAGUGGGAGUGUGAGGGGAGGAGCAUCCGAGGAGGCCCCACCGCGCUCACCGGUGGCGCUGUCCUCGGAGCCUCCAACUUCAUCGCUUGCCGCUACAGACGGGUUUGGCAGCGGCGGGGGCGGCGUUAGUGGUGAUGGCGGCGGCGAGUCUCCGUGUCUUGCCGGGGUGGUUCUGAAGGCAGAGGCCCCGCAGGUUUCGUCUUCCCUCCAAAUCGAGCCCGUUACGAUGAGGAGCCGUAGGAUGGAACUGUCACUGGUGGACAAUGUGCUGACGCGGCGCGACUGGCCAGAUGGAAUGAGUCCGUUGACGUCUCCAGCGGUAGAGCGAGAACCGAGCAGAGACGACCGAGUUGCAUUUGCCUGCUCGGAUGAUAACGCUGCUGCUGUGGUUUCGUCAUGCACAGUUGAUACCGGUCUUGCGACGGAGGGAGAACAACAGGUGGACAUGGUCGCGGUUGUUGGAGGAGUCGACGAUGGGGAGAAGGAGGAGGACCUGGAUCCACGUUCGGUCGUGAAAGGAGCACCCGCGACGGUAGCGACGGCCUCGCUCGGGGCAGAUGACAAUGACCAAUCGGCCGAGAGGGCGGGAGACGUGAUGCGCGCAUCCGAGGGCGAGAACGACUCCGUCACGGCGCCGCAAACUGUUUCGCCUCCAGGGCCAACAAAUAUGGACGCGGGAGAUGGUGAACCGAGGGCAGAUGCCAGCAACGAUACGCUGCCCUCCAGGUUCGUCCACGAGGCGACGAAGGGCGAGACGGGUAGCGGCCAGGAGUCUCCUCCCCACGAGGAUUCCUCCUGCUUGCGGCAGGUUUCUUCAUCAGAUGCCGCUACGUGCCCGGACAGCAGUGACGGCGGGGGUGAGCGCUGUGGAUCGGAGGUUCCCAAGGCGAGCGCGAGCGAAACACAUGGUACCUGCUCGAGAGGCAAAUCGUGCGACGACGACGAUGAUGGUGCGGUGACCGUAAUCCGAAUGGUCGGUGACGACCCCACCAAAAAAUACUUCAUUCCCGAGACAGCCAAGGUUCGUGUCGGGGCCAGGGUGCAGUGGGUACUUGGCGGCGGUACUGGCUCUGUGUCCGAGACCUUUCACGUGCGAAACGGGUGUCCGAUUAUUAAAAAUGGGUGGGUGACGGAGUGCUCGUUUUCCCUCAGCGCCUCACAGUCCCGGUUCACCCACACUUUCCAGCACGCGGGGACGUUCGUCGUGUCCAGCAUCACCCUCCCAUCCGAAGACGACAGCAAGAGGGGCGAGAUCGUCGUGGAAAACACAAGCACUCAGAGCCGUAGUGAUUCAGACAGCUUCGAAUCCGCCGACAACGCCACCUCCACCCUUCCCGAUGACGACUUCCACGAUGUGGCCAUCCUUGCUGAUACUGCCGCGACUCACGGCGGGGCAGGAAAGCCCGUAAUGGGCCGUCUCGCUCCCUCCAUGGUGGGGGUCUCCCGAACCUCGGCGGCUUUGUUGGGUGCUCACUCCAAAGCAGACAGCGGCGACGAGACACAUGAUUUAGACGGAAGAGGUGGCGGCCGCAAGAGCGACAACUACCGCAGCCUGGAUAACACGGACUUAGACGACACCAGGGCCACCCACUCCUGUGGGGUGAGUGUAGUUGAGUCUGGACGAUCUGACGGCAGUGAAUGGGUUGGUGACGCGCCAGAAGCCAGUUCUUCAAAGACCAAGAAGAAGAAAUCGAAAAAGAAGAAGAAAAGGCGUGCAGGCGGUGACGCUGGCGGCAGCUCCGACAGUAGAGGCGGGGUCGAAAAAGGGGGCGUCGAUGGAGGUACAGGUGGAACCGGGAGCAAGGGCUUGAGCGUGCACCGGGAUUGUGGGUUCGAUGCAUCGAAGGUUGAAGGGGGCAUCGAGGAUGACCCGGCGCUUUUGAUCAACGAGCUUGAGUUCUUGUCUCGGUACCCCGAUCGCGUGGCGGGUAUGAAGGGGGGGGGCGGGAAGUCGCAGGGCAAGACGCUCAUCGUGGGGGGGCAGGGCUUCACGCCUUCGAAGCCUAUGGUGGUGCCAGCGGGGGCUGCCGUGUUCAUCAAGGCGGCUAGCGUUUGGCCCUACGGCGGCGGCGGACAGGAGCGAGUGCUGUCGAUCGGUCUGCACAUUGUUCGCACAACGAAGAAACCCGGGGUGUACACUCUGGUCGACAACCAUUCUAGCAAACGGCUGAAGGUUACGGUGACCGAACGCCCCGAUGAGCCGCUGCAAUCAGAUUCUUCUUCAGUGGCGAGGCUCCACCCGCCGGCGCCUGAGAAAAGAGAUAAAGACGGGCGAUCGAGGGCGGGCAGCAGACAGAACGCCGAACGUUCCAGUAGCGCGGAGGCCAACAGCACAGGGGGGGGUGAGGUCCUCACGUCUUAUCCCCGCUCAAAGAAGAACAAGGGCAAGGAGAAGUCGGGUGCCGUUCCUGCUUCCACUACUUCCACCGCUGCCACGCUUGCGGGCAAUGCCGCAUCAGCGUCAACAACGGAAUCGCUGAUCCACGCAGAGGAAGAUGAAUCUAUCCCCGUGGCGGACGUCGCCCGCGGCGCCGAGGCGUCGGCCGGUGUGCCGACAGCACCAUCGCCGCUACCGCUGUUGCCGCCGAUACGGGUCAAGCAGGGAGGCGAUGGCCUGACCCUGGACGAGCUCGCCGAGCACUCCGCGCUGCACGGUGUGCACGUGGUGAACGUGUCCCACCGGAGAGGGUUCGAGCCGGCGGCGCUGGAGGUCGGUUUCGCCCCCGGGCUCGGUGCCUGCGUCAUGUGUGACCUUGAUUCGCAACAGCGAGUGACGCGGGAGGUCGUGUGCAGGCGCCUCGUCGGCAGAGAAGGAAAAAGCAGCAAGGAGGUGGGGUCUCGAAGUGUGGUGGGAGGGUUGGGGGACGUUUCCAUCGGACAUGGCGCGAUCAGGGGCAAUGAGGGCGCCGAGGACGAUGCUGGGGAGGACGAGGACGAUCCCAACGUCAAGUCAGCUCGCCUCGGCCCUGGAAUCUUGAACAAGUGCUACUUCAUGCUAGGGCGCUACGGGGAUUAUAGGAUUUCCUACCGGGGCGACGCAAGCAGAGGGGUUUCCGUCGUAGUGAGGCUGCCGCUGUCGUCUAGCGAAGGCGGAGGCUCUGAAGACGUGAUGAGGGCGUCGACAAGCGAGUUGGAGGUCUCUCGAGAGGGCGACGCAUGGCCGCUGUCGUCAGACGUAGUAGGUGCUUCUGAAGAGAGUAGACGUUGCGACUCUGCGGCAGCUGCGUCGUCGGACGAGGAGAACUCAGCUGUCUUGUCUGGUCCGGCCGCAACUGCGACGGAAAGCGACGAGCCCCAGGUUGGGUGUGCUACUGAUGCGUCUUCGUCGAAGCCAAUCGAGGGCGGGCACGAGUUAGAGAAUAGCUCGGCUGCAGCGGGUGCGGCGGCGGGUGGUAGGUUUUCUUUGGGGUCUGCACCGGUAGACUGGGAUGACGGCCAGGGCGGUUUCGUGCACCAGAGAGCUCAAAUGAAGAAAAAGUCUCGGCGGCUCAAGCGCAACACGGCCGCAGCUGCCCUUGCCGUGGCUUCGGCGCAAGAAGCGAACAGGAAGGAGGCUAAGGCAGCGGCUGCGGAGCCACGCCGUGGAGCGGUGGCCGAAUCGACCGGUGGGGACCAAGCUGCCGCGGCAUCGGCGAUUCCCCGAGACACCGGUACCUCCAGCGUAUCUCGAGCUUCGACACACCUGCGUCGGGACCAGAGCGCAUGCGCAACAGCCAGUUCACAGGGGGCGACGGGGGAUGAUGAUAACGUUGUGCUGAUGGGUUCGUCUCUCAACAGGGUCCGGCCGCCGACAAGCGCUUCGCGUGGUGUUGGUAUUUCUGUGAAUGCUGCUGACGCGGAGACUGACGGCUCGGAGGCUGCUGCUGCCUCGGCCGGAUCUGCGAUAACCGACAAGCCGACUUCUUUCGGGAAUCCUGAGGUUGCGCCCGGGGAUGUCGAAUCAACAUCGGCGCGACCAGCUCAGAUAGGAGCAUGCAAGACCCGCAAAAAGUCCGACAGCAGGAAUCUCGACUCUAUUGAUAGAGAUACCUCAUCGGUGACCCCAGCGCCGACACCGCCACCACCACCGCGGCACCAGCAGCAGCACCAAGGUCCCCAGCGCACAGUGGAGGUUGGAAAGCAGAAGAAAGGGAAGCUGGUGCGCGGGGACUUGAGCGGUGAGACCUCGGGCGACGCCGCACCGAGGGCACUUACGCCUCCAGUCCUAGCAGCAGCUGGCGCCGGAGAGGAGGAGAAACAUAAACCACAAGCCGCUUCAGGUCCUGCGGGUGCUGCACGGGCGGCGGCGGCAACUGGUCGGGGGGAUUCUAGUAUGGGCGCUUGGCGGAGCGACACGAAGGGCGCCGCCUCUUAUUCACAACAGUACGGUGGUUCCACGUCUGCAGGGAACCUACCUCGAGCUAGUGCGCUCGACAGUGGGUGGUCCCGAACGAACCAGUCCCACGGAACGAGCGUGUCUGGGCGUUGGGGCAACCCUCCAGCCACGGUGUUUGCCCAACCUCGUCCGCCGCAGAGGAUACUGAAGGGUCGUGGUGGGGAAGGGGAGCGGACCGCGUCGUUUGGGCCGCGGGCGGAUGAUCCAGCCACGGGCGGUGGCUCAGUCGGCGGGCCUGUUUCCGCCCGACCGAGUACGAUCGUCGUCGACAGCGAGGAGCACGAGCUGGCCGGUGUCGGCGGCGAGAGCCUGUCAGCUUGCGGUGGACCUGAAUCGAUAGAGACCCCCGCGGUGUUGCCGCCCGCUGGAGCAACGACGACGACGGCGGGAAGGGUUCCCCCUGGGCGCGUAUCGAGCCGCACGGACACCUGUCGCUCUCGCCCUUUUGUCUCCGAAGACGACUGUCCCUCUUUCUCGCCAAAAGGACGUUCUACCGCUGACAUGUGUCGGGGUGCUCUGGCGACCAGUGAAGCACCAGUGGCAGUGGACAAAGAGGGUCUGCCCCGGCCUCACUCGGUGCUUGGUCAGGCAGCGGCAACAGGCGUCCAGUCUGUCGGGAGCGGGAACGGCGGCGGUGGGAAGGCCAAUGUAGGUACCCAUGAAUCGGCUUGUUCGUCUCUGAGCACGGACGUCGUGGAGGGUGGUCGCUCUUGGGCAAACGUUUCUGCCUCCAACCCGUCAGACGUAGCGUCCGUAGGGUCGACAUCGUCUACCAGAGCCUCUAACUUCGGGGCCGCCAGCACCAAUACCUUGAAUAAGAAGCAGAAAAAGAAGGCCAAGGCUGCCGAGCGCAAGGCGGCCAUGCGGAAAGCGGCGGCGGCAGCAAAGAGUGGAGCGGCAGCGGCGUCUCUAGCGGAGGAGUCGAUGCUGAAGCCUUCGGCAAAAAUGCAGGUUUCUCCUCCAGCGGAGGCCGACCGUUCCUCCACCAAGCAACGCCAUCCGGUGGUAGUUACUUCCGAGGUGGUUACUGCCGGCUCGCACGUGGAUGUGCACGAGGCGGGUGCAGGAAGCAGCAAUGGCGGUGGCAGUGGCAGUGGCGGCGGCGGCGGCGGCGUAGCCGAGGCUACCACGGCAGCCUCUCCUAGCACCUCGUUCAGGAACCGAACUACGCUCGAAACGGUCACCACGGGCAACGUAGACAGCGCGACAGGCCCUACUUCUUUGUCUUCGUCGGACGAGGGUGGCGUCGCGCGCGUCUCCUCGAUGCCGGGGUUGGCCUCCAGUGGAUGGACGCACGCAGUAAGAGAGGGUCGAGGAGGUGCGGACGAGAAGGGGACUGGUGGUGCCGGUGCUCCCAAUCCUGCGGGACACGCUGCCGGCGAUGAUGGCGACGGUGCUGGUGCGGGUGGAGUGUUGAGCGAAGGGCCUAACCGCCCGCCGCCGCCGCCUAAGCUGGCCAUCACGGUCACAGAAGAAUCCUCGGCGGCGAUGGUUGAAGCCACGUCCCUGCCUGCUGCUGCUACGCCGACGCAAGCGCAAGCCUUUCAGUGGCUGCCACCGGGGUUUGGCGGCGAUCGCCUCUGUGAUGAAGCACAUCCUUCCGCGGCAAACGUAGAAGAAGGCACAACGAAACGUGCAUCUUGCACCCCGACCGGAGCGCCGCCCGGUUUUGACGGCGACCACCUUCGUGAUGUAGCGCAUCCUUUGGCGGGAACCGCCGCAGGAGGCGGAAUGAAACCUGCUACUUGCCCCCCCACCGGAGCGAGUACGACCCCCACUGAUAUUCCGAAGGCGGCCGCGGCUGCAGCGGGGACCCUGGCCACGGCAGCACUGACGAGCAACCCGACAGGCGGCCUGGGACAGAACUCCGCGAGGCAGGGCGGCGGUGGAGGUUUCGGAAACUGUUCUACGAAGAUUUCUUUGGAGGAGCGGUCGCGGCGGAACCGCGCGCUGAGUGCAGGUACUUCCCCUUUCUUUCCGGCGAGAUACGGGCACCGUGGUCGACGGGGCUAUCGGACGGCCCAGCAGGCGAAGCCUGCGCAAUUUCCGGAAGAGAGCCGGCUGCCGGGUGGGGGGUACUUCGUCGAGGAGGGCCCAAAUGACACCCUCCCGCCGCCCUCGGCGUUCGAGAUGCAGGAAGCCGCCCACAUGAUGAAGGUGUACAACGACAUGAUGGAGCGGCUGCGCACAACAGGCAUGGACGAGACGCUUCCCAACGGGUUUACACCCCGGAUCUAUGACUUCACAGACGGCGGUUGUUGAUCGAAAUCAAACGAGUGCGUGGUGUGGUGAGUUGGGUUUGUUCGCUUGCGAUCAUUGGUGCAUUUGGUUGUGGCCCGUCCUUGGCAAUGAGCGGCGUGCUGUUUACAACAUAUUGUCUCUGCUUGUUGGAAUGUGAUAGCCACCGACAGUGAGCAGGUUGUCUGGUUGUGUUUCCAGGAAGGCCGAGGUGUUACCUAUGAUCUCGCACCAGAGAACGUAGCAAGGAUUGGUGGUUUUUGGAAGAAUCAUAUUAAGUCUGGGUGGGCGUGUGGAUCACGGCAUCGCUGGCGUCUGUGGGCAGUGAGGAGUGGGAAGACUGCCUGCAAGGUUAUCAAUAUGUCGGGUGGUUUCGAGACAAAGGGCCGAGUUUUCCGGGGGAAACGUCUCUUUCCAGAGGGCAAAGAGCUUCACAGCUUCUCUUGGUUUAUUUGUUCUGCGUAAUUUUACUAGUGGUCCGUGUUUUUGGUUGGAUGGGAAGAAUGAGUUGUUCUUGCGGUGUUUUUUUUCCUGUCUCCCAUUCGGUGUUUCUCGGGGCUCGCGGGGUCGGUGUCGGGUAUCAGGGU